AUGAAGUUAAAGGAAGUGAGAGAGAAGAUUUGUGUACAUCAACAUUGUACAUCACAUCAACGAUUGCAACGGUGCAAAGUUUACGAAAUGACUGAAUCUCGUGGAAUCUGUUACCGUGUGGUGAAUGAAAUCCCUUCACACCUUAAAUUAACAGACUCCGAAUCAUUUGUCUAUAUUAAGAACCCCAAGUACCACAUCGGCGAAGGGAUUGCUGGCAUUCUGACUCUCCCACAAUCGAUCCCUAAUUGCAACAAGACUAUAAAAUUUGUCCUGCUGCUGCAUGGGAUGCAAUCGCAUAAGAAUGCCAUAUACCAACCCAGAUUGGCAAAACGAUUGGCACAGUUAGGAUACAUGGUAUUGCGAAUAGAUUUCAGAAAUAAUGGUGAUUCUGAAUCUAUUGUGGACGAUAAUAAAGGUAGGUGCUUACAAAGAGAUUUAGAAGAUAUUGAAACGAUAUACGAUCUUGUCACGAGGGAAAGCAAGUUAUUAUUAGGAGGAGGUGAGAAUGAGUUAUCCUUUGAUUCGAUUGUUUCGCAUUCUAGGGGUGUGAUAUCGAUGUUUGAGUUUGUUAGAACUACUAAAGCAUGCAUUAGAAACUUGAUAAAUUGUUCAGCAAGAUAUGAGGGCUUGACUUUAUAUGAUAAACUAACGAAACAACACCCUAACUGGAUACUUGAUAAUGGGUACGAGGCAACCCUUCUACAGCACAAUAAAUUUGUCAAACAGUGGAUAUACAAAGAUGAGAUGUUGAGUUUCAUAAACGCAAGCGAAGAUAAUUUUAAGCAAAUCGAUCCUCAAAUCAAUUUAUUGUCAUGUUACGGCGCUCUCGAUGAUGUUGUACCCCAAAGUGCUCCUUCCCAAUUUGCCACACUGUUCCAUGACCAUCACCAUAAACUAGUAAUAAUCCCAAAUGCUAAUCACAACUACUACGGUCACUCAAACGAUCCAAAUAUACUCUUUAAACCACUUAAUAAAGGUAGAGUUGACUAUAACGAUGACUUAACAUCAGUAUUGGUUUCGUUCAUUGCUGCCGGGUAA